ACCCCACUGCAUAUGUAAUAACGCCUCUCUUUUCUCGAGUCAAACCAGUGACAUAGCUGGAACGGCAAAGCUGAAACGCCUCCGCCCACUGCCACCGUAGCGCCCCACCAAUGAGUGCUCUAUUCUGCCAUGGCUAUCAAAUCGCUGAGGAAGAAAUCUAACAAGCGUUCGUCAGAAUCAAACCCCUAUAAUCCGCCCAGCAAUUCCAUGGCGCCUCCUACGACUUCGUUUCUUUCGAAUCACCGGAUGGUCCCUUUACUGAUUUCGGCUCUUCUGUUCGUGUGUUUUCUGAUUGUUGUAAGCAUUUCGUCCAAUAUGCGCAGCGCGCUUGGUUCGGACCCAAACGUGGAUCGAAUUUAUGGUGCUGAAGUUGUGAAUAGGUUCCCCCAUGAUCCGAAUGCCUUCACUCAGGGGCUUUUGUAUGGAGGAAAUGAUACCCUUUUUGAAUCAACUGGACUUUACGGACAUUCAUCUGUUCGCAGAGUUGCUCUUCAGACAGGGGAGAUUGAGGCUAUUCACAGAAUGCAGAACUCUUACUUUGGGGAGGGGCUAACUCUUUUUGGUGACAGGUUGUUUCAAGUUACUUGGCUGACGAAAACUGGUUUCAUGUAUGACCGAAAUAACUUCAGCAAAAUUCGGAGGUUUACUAAUCACAUGCAAGAUGGAUGGGGGUUGGCAACUGAUGGAAAAGUUCUAUUUGGAAGUGACGGAACGUCAACCUUGUAUCAGAUUGACCCUCAAACAUUGAAAGUUAUUGAAAAGCAUACAGUGAAGUACAAAGGAGAUGAAGUAAACAACCUAAAUGAACUGGAGUAUGUGAAUGGUGAAGUAUGGGCAAAUGUUUGGCAGACUAAUUGCAUUGCAAGAUUAUCGUCUCAAGAUGGUGUUGUAUUGGGAUGGGUAUACCUUCCAAAUUUGAGGGAAGAAUUGGCAACGGCUGGAAACAUGGGAAUCGAUGUUUUGAAUGGCAUAGCAUGGGAUAAGGAACAGAACCGUAUAUUUGUGACUGGAAAGUUAUGGCCAAAGCUAUAUGAGAUCAAGUUGCACCCAGUGGAAAAACCAUUCCAUGAUGAUAUCAAGAGACUCUGCAUGCCGCCUCCAGUCCAUUUUGAAAGACCAUAGAACUGAUACACUUUUUUGAAAUCUGUGUGUCGGCAACGCAUAGUUUUCUUGUAAAUUUUACUCGAAAACUAAUUAAUCCAAAUCUGUAUUUACUGGAUCUCCUCAAGUCUUUACUGCCUAUAUUACAAGAGCUGAACUAAUUACUAAUUUGUCCACCGGGCAACAACAAGAAGGAAGCUGCUAUACUGACUUUUUAUUAUACUUUUCUUCUCUGUAAGAUUCAGGAAUACAAAUUGCAACUUUUGAAUUCAGUUGUUACCA